UCAAAGCUUGUAGUGGUAUCUAUAUGUGUGUGCAUAGGCUACAUGUACACACAUUUAAAGUAUGUUGAUUUUGAAAGACCAAGUAAUGGACUGAAAAACGCCUUAUACAAUGCGUAUGCUGGCAGUUCAUCGGUGCUAUGUGCCCUGCUGUUUUGGAUGAGGGGGAUGUCCACCUAUUGGCCAAGACUGAGAGGGCACGUCAUCCCCAUCAAUCUCAGAUCGAAUCUUUCUGCGAGGCAUGUCCUUAUCCAGGGUUAAGCCACGAUCCAUAAUCGCUGGGUCUACGGUGCCCGUGAGGCCAGGCUCUGAGUGCAACUACAAUAAAGGAGAAUGUAGAAGAAACCCGAUUAUGAAUUCUUUAGAAGAAUUAAUUCACAGCGGAGCAAAUGGCUCGGAAAGUACAGGCCACCGUUUGACGGAGAGUAAACUUGAAGAUUUGAACACAAGGACUAACCCACAGGUUAGCGGAGGCGGCGAGGGACUUGUGGAAGUUGAGCGAGAAUGCUCACAGUAUUGUUACUCAACUUUCUCCGGCGACACCAGUGAUGUGUUCAACCUCUUUCAAAAUGACGGCUUGUCUGUGACAUCUAUCCGUCCUCAGCAUCCGCGUCUCCCCUCGUCCCCCUUCGGUGCUCAGACGCAGGCGCUCGAUGCCGGUUACUCGCACUCCACAGACACUUCAAGGACUUUCACCGAGGCAUUUACCGAGCCGGGGCCACUUAACGCCUGCAUUGAAAUGUACAAGAACAACGGGCCAAGAUUUCACCUCGCUGUUAAGGGCAACCACACUUUUCAAAAUAUCGUUGAAAAGAUGCCAGAUUCCAGUUAUGGCGGUAAAACAUUUGAGUGGAUGAAGGUUAAGAGAAGCCAACCCCGGAUGGCUAAAAUGCAGAUGCCUUGUGGUGAAAAUUAUUUUGCAACGGAACACCGAAUGUCCAGCGGUUGUGACCAAAGCGAGGACAUCAUACACGGCCAGCCGACUGCCAACGGAGUGCCGCGGACUAACUUCAGCACCAAACAGCUGACCGAGCUGGAAAAAGAGUUUCACUUCAACAAAUAUCUGACGCGGGCCCGGCGGGUGGAGAUCGCCAACAGCCUCCAGCUGAGUGAGACUCAGGUGAAAAUUUGGUUUCAGAACAGACGCAUGAAGCAGAAGAAACUGCAGCGAGAGGGCAUCGUCCCCGGACCAGGACACGCGUCUGCUCCAGAAAGGACAGCUCUCCAAACACGUUAGCCAGUUGUUCCCCUCUUGAGACAGGGCUUUGCCAACAGGCUACAUCACCUGAGCUCGACAAUGGAGUUGCAACCGUUCUUAACUCUAGUGCUUUUGGAAAUACAGGGUUCAUAUGUGUCUGUGCGGGCACUGAAUUAAGUAGCCAUUUUUUGCAAGUGCACUUUAAAAAUGUAUUUACAGAGAAUAUUUAAUGUAUUGCUAUUUAUUAUUCUUAGAAGUUGAUCAACCUAUGUUGCAUUUCAGAGUGUCAUUUAUUUAUGGAUAUUUUAUAAUUUAAAUUAAAAGUUUUGUUAUG